AUGGGGAUAGUUCUUAUAGUCGUUAUAUGGAUCGUGCUGAUCGUAAAUGGAUGCCUCGCAAAUCAAGGGAUGGUUACUGUCCGAAACCGAUCCAUCUCGCAUUACUUCAUAUCCGUCAGCAUGUUCUGUGGUUCCGGGGCUCAGCAACAAGCAGCGAGAAAUGUGCAUACGACAUCCGGAUUCGAUGAAAUUCUUGGAUGGCGAUCUCUGAAUGUCAAGCAAGCGUUUAGUAAUCAAGUAUGGAACUGUACACUAACAACACCUGGUGUGGGAACAACGCCAUUGAAAAUAGCAUCAAAGGAAUCGGCGUUCGUGUAUGCGAUAGCAUCGGCUGGUGUGAGUCAUUCGCUGGCAAAAGCGUGCGCGAAGGGUUUGAUUGAGGAUUGCGGAUGUGGACCAACACCGUCGUCGUUGUCGAAUAAAUUCGUCUGGGCAGGAUGUUCUGAUAAUGUACGAUAUGGAAACUCUUUUGGAAGAAAGUUCAUAGACGUCACUGAUAAAGUUCAUAGUGAUGCCAGGGCCUUGAUGAAUCUGCACAACAAUCGAGUAGGACGUCGCCUUCUCGCCAGCCGAAUGGGAAAAGAGUGUAAAUGCCAUGGAGUGAGUGGCAGCUGUGUGACGAAGACUUGCUGGAAGGUGGUGCCAAGGUUGGUUUCAUCUCAUGAUUUUUUUUCGGAAUUGAUCAAUAACAUGAUCGGG